AUGUGUGCAUCGUUAUACGACGAAGAUGAACUGGAUGAGAAAGAAAUAGCUAAAACAAUAACUGUCGAUCAACCACAACAACCAUGGGGAGACAGUAUUCGUUUGUUACAAGCACAACUCCAUACCAAAAAAUUACAACAACAUCAUCAUCAGACAAAAAAAGAAUUGAAGGGUGGUGGAACAGUGGCACCGGUAGCGGAUCUAAGAAAACGUCGACUACCUCGAUUUGGACCAGGACCAGAAGUUUCGUUUAAUAGUAUGACAGGAAAGAUGGAAGUACAUGAUCAAAAAUCAUCGGAAAACAUCAGUUCGAAUGUAAACACUGUUCAACCACAACCAGUACAACAACAAUUGACAUCUAUUGCACUACUAACAUCAAUCACAACAAACAUUCCAGAUGAAUAUGAUCCUUUAAAACCAAACGAUUAUGAAAAACUGAAAGAACAAAAACGUCGUCAACAACAACGUGAACGUGAUGAAGAAAGGCGACAACAGGAUGAAGAAGACCAUAUAUUAGAUUAUGAAAAAGAGAAGGAACGUGAUCGUGAAGCGGAAGAAAGAUUAAAAAAAGGAGCAGCUUUUGCACCACCACCGUCAUUAAUCGAAGAAGAUAAACGUUCAAGUUUAGAAUCAACUUCAAACGAAGUCAUGUUACCACCUCCAAAUCUGAAAGAUCGUGUUGAACGUAUGGAUACAAGCCCUGCGCGAACAGCGUCGCCAAGCAAUGUAACAUUACCUCCUCCAUCGUUACCACCUCCAUCUUUAGUAAAUCCAUUUGGUGCUAGUGCAGCUGCAAAAAUUAUGGCCAAAAUGGGAUAUAAAGAAGGUCAAGGACUCGGGAAGUCUCAACAAGGAAUGAGUCAAGCACUGGUUGUCGAAAAAACAUCGAAACGAGGAGGAAAAAUUUUGCAUGAAAAAGAAUUACCUCUAAAACAGGGUAACAAUAUGGUUGGUGGUGGAGAAGUUGAUGAAAUGUUAGAAGGUGAAACGAAAGAAGAAUGUCAGAAAUAUGGUGAAGUAGAAAAAGUUGUUAUUUUUGAGAUUCCUGACUCACCAGAUGAAGAAGCUGUUCGAAUAUUUGUGGAAUUUAAACGAGUUGAAUCAGCUGUCAAGGCUGUAGUCGAUUUAAAUGGACGUUAUUUUGCUGGCAGAGUGAAAAAGAUAUCUUCUAUUCAACCUUUUACAAUGGAUGGUGAUGAUACAAAACAUUUAGACGAUGAUGCAUUUAUCGGUAAUGCUGAGGAUAAUACACAAGAUAGCAAAAAUACACCUUUGGAAGAUAGUGAUUGGAUCAAUGAACUACGUCACGCAUUGGAUGGUGGAUGUGAUUUAGGAUCCAUAAGAAAUAUUGGAAAAUGUCGUCCACUUAAUAAUGAAUUAAGAUUACGAGUAUGGCAGACAUGUCUUAAUAUUAAUACUAAUACCGAUGAAUAUAAAUAUGUCAAUGAAGUUUUUGAUCUUCCUGAACAAAAUACCAUUCGUGAAGACGCUUUAAGAUUAGUGCAAUCGUUAAAUUUGAAUGAACAAGAAGCUGCAUCAAAAAUGAAUGAUGUUGAAGCUAUUAUAACAUCUUAUUGUAAACAACAGUAAGUUGCAUUUGUUAUAAAAAUAACACCUACGUACUCGAGAUAUACAUAUAUAUAAUGGCAUAAUGAACUAUCGCAAGGAAAUAUAUCACAUUGUAACAUACUCUCUAAUUUAUUGUGAUGUAGAGAUGGAAGACUCCUAUUGCUCGACGACUCGAGGCUGCUCAGAUGGCCCCAGUUAAAUGACUAUAGCUACCAAACACGAAAAAAGACAGAGGUUUCGAACUUGUUUAACUUUGUAGAGCAGAUGUUGCUCUAUCUAGGUAUAAAUUCAGAACAAAAAUUUUAUUUAGAAUCCUGUCCGCGGCACUGUCGGAUAUUUUGUCCUAGAAGGUACACCAUCUGAAACUGAGAGUUUGUAGAUCAUUUUUAAGUCGUUCGAUAGCCCCAUGAAUUUACUUCAAAAUGAUGAAAACCAGUCCUCUCUAGCUCAUUUCGAUCAAACGUUAUUCAAAAAACAUCCGAGUCCACUUUAUUUUGAAAUAGAUAGUAGUUCUAGACUCGGACUGGACUCGAGCUCAGACAUUUAGAAAGUUAUUUUCAUUAUUUUUUGAAUAAAGUAUUAUAUUGUUUAGUCUGAAUUUGAGAGUCAAAUAUACUGUGUUCUUUUUUAUAUUCAUUCAAUGUGACAUUGUAUUUAUAGGAAGAUAUGAUAAACAUGUAUAUCUGAUAUAGAGACAACCAGAAAAGAUGUACAUGCAUGUGACAGUUUCUAUGCGCUUUUCUUUCUGUUACAAUACGAUUCCACCAUCAAAAGUCGAAAAUAAGAUUCAAGCGCACUUGAACUUGAAAAUUACCGAACUCACUAAUAGCUGUCGCGAUAUAUGAAGAGAGAGAGUGAGAGUUUAUCGCUAUGAUAUUAACCAUAAGAUAUAUCAGUGAGUGGGUGUUACAUGUCGAUACAUACCAUAAUUACAGUAGGCGCCAAAUGAAUUUCCCCCCUACGUAUUUUUCAGAGAAAAAUGACAGGAUCCAUUCUUUUCUCAUUUUUCUACACGUAGAAAGAAAGCGCAGAAUUUGCUACAUCAGACCCCAUCAAGAGCACAAAGUAAGGAUGUGAUUUUGAUAGUGAAAAUUUUGUUGAAAGAAAAAGAUGUCAAAAUUCGUUGUCCCAAAACUUAUUUUCCUCUUGAUUAUUGUCACAAAGGUG